AUGCACUUCCCUGGCCGGUCACUGUGCAGCACUGCAGAUCCCACGGCUGGACCACGGCUCAGUUCCUGGGAUGAAGAGUCGGCCGAGGCGGCGCCGCACGGACACGGGGUCUGCGUUCCACUCCCAUCUGCUGAUGUCCCCUUAGAUGCCACUUCUAACUCUGCGGCAAGUCAAAAUAUGGAGAAUGGAAACAAUGUGAGAAGAGGUCUGGGCAAUAGGUUCAUAUUCCAUCCAAGGCUCACCCAUGAAAUGGUUCUGUUCCUUCUCCUGACCCUGCCUUUGGCAGUGGCCGUGGUUGUGCUGGGAGCAAGAUGCAGUGGACAGGUUCCAGUUGUGCCUGCAGCUUCACAGUUGCUGUCCUGUCCCUGGGACUGGGUCAGGUACCGUGGGAUCUGCUCCUGCCUCUCGACAGAUAUGGGGACCUGGGAGCAGGGCCAGGAUUGGUGCUCCAAGCUUGGGGCCUCCCUGGCCGUGCUCAAGGAUGAGGAAAUGGGCCUCCUCUUCCUCCUCAGGGGUGACAUCAAUUACUGGCUCGGGCUGCGGAGACGGGGUGAGCAGCUGCAGUGGGGGGAUGGCAGCAGCUACAACUCCUCGGUCCCUGUCCUUGGCAAUGGAGAGUGUGUGUACCUAGGUGAUGGUAAACUCAGGAGUGGGAACUGCUCAAAUCAACAGCCAUAUCUCUGCAGCAAACCCCAAGCUCACCUGGCACAGAGGUGAUGGAGAAAGAACCUUCUCCAUGCUGGGCACUCACAGCUCUUCCUCUUCCCCCAGUGAAGAGGAAAAUAACAUUUAUUCUCCACUUCCCAUCAGCAGCGAUAUCUGGCCACAUCCUGGGAAGCAGGGCUUCAGCAGUGUAUAACGGUUUCUUAGCAAGCAGCCAUUGGAAACAACGAAUGCCCCUCUUCCUGCUCCUUUCCUUACCUUUUAUAUCUGAACUGAUGUCAUAUAAUCUAGAAUAUCCCUUUGGUCAGUUUGGGUCAGGUGGCCUGGUUGUGUCCCCUCCCAGAAUCUUGCUCUCGAUUGGCAAAGGAAUGUUACAGUGCUGAUGCUGUGCCAGCCCCGCUUAGCAGUAGCCAAAACACUGCUGUAUUAUUAACGCCCUUCUAGCUACCAUGCAAAGCAAAACACUGUGAGGGCUGCUAUGGUGAAGUGAACAAGGCCUGAGCCAGGGUUGACCUUUAGAUGAACCUUCCAACCUAAUGUUAUAUUUAGCCAUGUAUCUGCUUAUUAGCCAAAAUUAUGUAUAAUCAUUAAUAAAAUACAUACUAUGAUAAAAGUACACCUGUGUAAACAUGUAUGUUUGUUAUUAUAAUAUAUUUCUAUCUGAACAUUUGUAUCUGUUCAUUAAUGAAACAUGAAUGUAUUUAUCUUUCUGUAUUUAGAGACCACCGGUCAAGGCCUUGGAAGUAGAUAUCUGGCCCUCUUUGGCAGUAGAGGGUCAAAACUAACUCCCUUGAUUUUCUUCUGAGUCCUGGUCAGGCUUUGGGUGAAACCCAAGGAGACAAGUAAGCCAGAUGUUUUUCUGCACUAAGUAGUGAUGUAAGCUUGUUUGUUUAACAAUAUAAAAGCUGGACCCUUUCACAGCAAAGACAGAGACCUCACCUACGAGUGGACACACUGAGUAGGAUUUCCCAGUUCCUGGGAGUGGUUCUCUGGCCCUUUGCUGGGAUCGGGGCCUCCCCAGCUGAUGUUACAGGUAAUAUAUUAAAGGGGCAACUAGUGAUGUAUCUCUCUCUUAAUCACUACAGUGAUUACUACUUUGUAGUAAUGAUUAGAUGCAUUACUGAGCUUAUUGUUUUGUAAUUCCUUGCUUCUUUUGUAAUUCUUUGCUGUUUUGCAUAAUAGUAAAUUUGCACACUUGUUCUUUAAA